GUCACAGUUGCACGAUUUUUGUUGUUGCACUUUACUAAGAAAUAAAUUUAGUUAAGGUAACGGUUCCACACUGGCGUAUUUUUAGUAGUGCGAAAGACAGAUAAUGGACAAUGUCGAUGUCGAAAAUUUCAUAAUCUCAAAGACUGCAUUUGGAAUAGCUGCAAUACAGACUAUAUAAGGUAAAGCAUGGGAAGAAGAAAUAUAUAUUUCGAUAUAAAUCUUGGAAAGAUAUAUAGAAAUCCUUUUAUCAAUCGAUUGCUGUUGUAAGGAUCGACCCAAUAUUUCCGAUUCUUUAUAUUUUUCUUUUUUUAAUUUAUCAGAAGCGCUCCUCUUCGUCUUCCUUCUGCGACUUCAUUUUAAUAACUGUUAAAUUUGAAAUAGUUCAUUACUAAAUCGGCCGCAAAAAAUCGGUCUUUGUACAUACGAACUAGCAACUGUCACACUACUGUAACACAACUAGAGCGCUACAAAAUGCAGCUAGUGUGAAAAGGCUCUUAGUCUUGGUCUUGUUACCUAAUCCUUUAUUUUUUGAUAAGAACCAUGACAGACCAGUUUUAUUGUACUAAGUACUAUCAACUUUGUUUCCAUGUAUGAAGUAUUUGCUUUUAUUCUAGUCAGUGGAAAAUGUCUUUUCAAUUGGUAAAAGAUACCCGAUCAAUACUAGCGGAUUUACAAAUAUACCAUCUAAAUGUUAUUGCAUUCCAAACGAAAUUGCUCAACAAGGACACCCUGAAAUGGACUGGUCACAUUUUAAUAGGACAACGUGCCUUAGCUAUAACGGCACGUUGGUGGGAGAGGGCUGUUCUACAUCUGAAUAUGUUCCAGAUGUGUUCCUAAUGUCAAUUCUUUUGUAUAUUGGAACCUUCUUACUAUCCGUUGUACUGAAAGAUUUUAAAAACGCCUUAUUUUUUCCUGCAAAGGUACGACAGUUUGUCAGUGAUUUUGCCGUAAUAAUAGCAAUCUUUUCAAUGUCAUUUUUGGACUUCAAAGUAAACAUCCCAACCCCGAAACUUGAAGUACCGAAGGAAUUUAAACCCACUUUGAGUACAAGAGGUUGGGUGAUACCGCCGUUCAAUGGGAACCCGAUAUACACUGCCCUCUUGGCACUUUUGCCAGCUCUCCUUGGCACCAUCCUGAUAUUCAUGGAUCAACAAAUUUCGGCUGUUAUUAUUAACAGGAAAGAGAACAAACUGAAAAAGGGUUGCGGAUAUCACUUGGACCUGUUCGUUUUGGCAAUUCUCAUUGAAAUAUGCAGUCUGAUGGGAUUACCGUGGUUCGUUGCAGCAACUGUCCUGUCAAUCAAUCACGUUAAUUCGUUAAAGUUGGAAUCUGAAUGUGCGGCUCCCGGGGAGAAGCCGCAGUUCCUCGGAGUGAGAGAACAAAGAGUAACGCACAUAUUAAUAUUUUUAACAAUUGGCCUGUCAGUGUUCCUAACACCAAUUCUAAAACAUAUUCCUAUGCCAGUAUUAUUCGGAGUAUUUUUGUAUAUGGGAGUCUCGUCACUAAAAGGACUACAAUUCUUCGACAGAAUCCUGAUCAUGUUCAUGCCACCGAAGUAUCAACCAGAUUAUAUGUUUUUACGACAGGUAAAUAUUAUAAUUGUAAUAUUAGAAUCGGACCAUAAAUCGUUGUAA